AUGGUUUACCGAAUUGUGGUUGACAAGAAGGAAACAUACGGACUGUCCUCCUCAACAGUUGCAGAAGAGUCUGAGCCCAUUUCAGGUGUGCUACAAGGAGAUGACAUCCAGGCGCUUGCAAUUAAGGUGAAGGACCUGGAGAAACUCCAUGCUCCACACCCUUCCCAUGAUGCUGGGAGAAUUCCAGUGAGGAGGAAGUGCCUCGUUCAAAAACAUCAACCUAAAGAGACAAGGAGGGUGGCACAGAUCCUCGUGGCAUAUCCUGUGUUCCCAAAGGAACCCAGAGAGCUGCUGACUUUUUCUGGACAAGGACUGUUUGGUGAUGGCUGUCAAGAGAUUCUGCCCCAUCACAUUUUGGGAAAUAUUCAGGAGUUUGAGAGGAAAGCCUCGGCCAGAGGAAAUACUCAGGUUGCAGAUUUUGUAGAGGUUCCUCAUCCAGAUGGUACUGUAGUAGCUUUAAAAGAGGAACAUGAAGGAGAGAAGAAUGAAAAGGUUCAUCAGAUCCCACUAGUAGAACACAAGGCACUCCAGAACUGGCACCAUAAUAUGGCAAUCAGGAGAAUGCUGGGGAAAUACCUAGGAGAAAUUCUUCAGAGGCCGGAGAAUGAGUUGCUGAUGAAUGACUCUGAGGAUUACAGACAAACCCAGGAAGAACAUGACCAUGUUGACCGCCAUCUCCCCACCCAGCUUCCUGGAAAGGGCUUCCGAAGCGGCAGCGCCUUCUGGAGGCAGCCGGAGCGCAUCGGGGACGAGCUCACUGGCCUGACCGUGGCACUGCCUCGACGAGAGCACGGCUGCGCAGGGCCGCUCGCUCGCCUACAGCAGCCCCACGCUGUCCAGGUGGAAGCGGGUCUGAAGCUUCCAAAAAGGAUCCCUUUCCAUCUAACCCAGGAUAAGAGUCUUUUCUUGAAACAUCAACAACAGGAGCAAAAGUCUGUCCUAGAGGAGCUGGAUCCUUGUCAGCUGGAUCUGGAUGGGCUGGACAUGAUCAGUAAAGGGCGGCCUUUCACAUCCGGCUCAGCAGAUCCUUUUCCAGGUUCCACCACUUCUGAAGAGUCUGAGAUCCUUGACUCCUUAAGUGAUUCCCCCAGUGUGGUUCCAGAAGCAGUAUUGGGUCCAUCUUUAGAUUUCUGUGGCCAGCCUGCUCGUUGGAUCAACUGUGCCACUUCUUGCAAGGAUGAAAUUGGCAUUGCUGCCCAGCUCACCUUUGAGGCUGUGGCUGGUGAGAAGGUUGAAAGCUCUAUGAUCGUGAGCAAUGAUGGCACAGCUGCCAUCUGGUAUAACUGGGUGAGGCUUCCCCAGCAGAUUCCCUCCAGAGAAACCAAGGGGAAGAGGAUGCAGCGUUUCUACUUUGAUACCAGACCAGGUGUGAUUUUGCCUGGAGAAACCAGGAAGUUUUCUUAUCUUUUCAAGUCAGAAAGAGCAGGCAUUUUCAGUGAGUCCUGGGGGUUUAGGACACAUCCUGUGUUACUAGGAGGAGCUCUGCUGCAGGUGACCCUUUGGGGAAUUGCUGUGUGUGAAGAUAAAUUGGCUGACCUCAGAGAGAAACUGGAGAGUGACCUGGCUGCUCAAGCAGUUGCUGCUAUGGUAGAAAAGAGUCUGAAGGAACUUCUUGUCCAGAUUCGGACCCCUGAGCGCACCCCGUCUCCUGUAGGGGCAUGUGCAACAGAAGAAGAGUUGUUCCACCAGAAGAACCCCACGUUGCAUUAUCAGCAUCGAGUGGUAAAGCAGCUGCAUGAGCUGUGGAGACAGCACAUGACUUUUCCUCCAGCCUUUGAGGAGAAAGUGUCCUUGGACCAGAAGAGGACGGUGGAGGACAUGCAGUACCAGGAGAGUGCUUCAGAGGUUCUCCCUGCUCAGAGCAGUACCACAAAGGUCCCAGGCUGGAAGAAUGAGGAGGCUCCAAGUCAAAUGAUGAACACAGAGGAGGAAGAACCAGGCCUCGCAGAGUGGAACCUCUCAUUGGAGGACUUCAAGCAGGCUACAAAGUUGAUCUCCAGGGAAGAGCAGCGAGAAGAAGCAUUGUCCCAGCUCAGCGAGGCAGCACUGGAGACGUGUGUUGAACAGAGACCAACUCAGACAGACCUUUUGUACCAAACCUGUCUCCAGCUGUGGCGUGAAGCAGUUGAUGGUCUGGUGAGUCACUCCCUGAAGCUGAGAUCCCUGCGUGGCUUGCCUGAGAAGGACACCUAUGUAGAUGUUGUUCCAGAGGAAACAGUGGAAGUAAAGCAUCCUAUAAAAGGAGGAAAGGAAGAGAGAGAAAGCACUAGGAAAGAAGCAAGAACGUCAUUUGGUGGUAAGGAUAAAGAAGGCAGAAAAAGAACAAUGAAGACAGCAGGGAAAGAGGAAUGUCCAAGCAGCAGAAAGUUAAACGAAGAGAGGAAGCUAAAAUCUUCCACUUCAUUGGAGGAGGUGAAAGAGGGAACACGGCCCAUGGAGGCUGCCGCUACAGAUAGAGCAGAACCUCCUCGGGAGCAGGUGGACGCUGUUUUGUUUGGGACAUACCAGGCAAAGUUUUACAUUGAAGUGUACAGGCUGCUGGAUUCAACAGUGAGCAAAAUGGUGUCUUUAUUUGAGGAACUAAAGGAAAAAGGUGCUCUGAAGUGGGAGAAUGAAGCCCCUUCUAACUAG